AUGGUAGCGACACAUGCGCCCAAGGCUUUGGCCUUGAUGGCCGUCACACUUCCCUUCGUCAUCCAAGCCGUACCAGCCAUCCCCAUCGGCAAGAGCAAGGAAGUCAAGUCGGAAAACCGCAUCCCCGCCGCAGACUAUCUCCUCGAACCUUCUAUCCCCAGCACGGAUGGUAUCGACCAGAUCAUCCAUGUCAUUGGGAAAGAAAAGGAGGAGAAACCCUCAGUAUCUCGAGAGGAAAUCACGGCGUCUAACCUCAACUACUUCCCCUGGGGCCGAGUCAACCUCGACAGUGAAAAAACACACAUUCCGGAUGACGAUGACGAGUUGGAGGAAAACGAGAACAAGUCUGACGAUAAAGCCAAACGCAGUAUGGACGACGGUGUUGUGGUGGAUGAAACAGCAUCCAAUAGUGCAUACGAAACUAUCCACCACAAGAUUUUAGACACGAACGAGACGGCUACUGCCAAUGAGCCUCGAUAUAACAGAAUGGAACUGUAUUCCAACCGUCCUACGCUUCUCCACGAGGACAAGUCACACAAGAAUGUACCUCAAAUAGAGAAGGCCAAGACGAAACAAGAUUAG